CACUUAAGCACUUCGUUAUCGAUCGCUUUUAAUAACAUAAGAAGAACGUUUAUAUUAAAAUUAUAUAAAAUGGCAAAUAGGUGUCUUCUAGUAUUCGUUUGCCUCUGCAGCAUUGCACUGAUCGCUGCCUUACCACUGCAAGAUGACUCGCAAUUGCCACAGCAAGGACACCCACCAGUGUUGGUCCGCCAAGUGCGUACACCCGAUGGUGGCAGCGUUGGUGUCGAUGUGAACCAGGAUAGCGCUUCAGCUCAUUACAAUCAAAAUAUCUACAGCAGCGAUGAUGGCAAUUUGAAGGUGGACGCCGCUGCACAAGCCACUCAUGAUUUCCAUAACAAUGACAAUUCCUACAGCGGCUCAAUAUCUGGCUCAUAUAGUUGGUAAAUUGAUGUUGACAAAAUGUAAAAAUAUUUUAUGAGCAAUUAAAGUUUAAUAUAUGUGCACAAUAU